AAAAUUUGCGACCAGGAGGUUCAAUGUACGAGAAGUUCACGAAGUCAGUUCAUUCAGGUUUCUCAGUACGCUUUUUCAUCGAGAUUUCAGUGAAAUGGUUGGGAAAGACGCCAGAAGCUCCGAACAAUAUCACCCUGUUCCUCCUGAAGACGUUAUUAACUAUGAUGAUGAAAGAAAUCUACGAACCGCAGGGCUAUUACAAGAAGCUUCCUUUAAACUCACAGAAGUUGGUCCAAGGUUCGGCAAACGACAUGGCCAGAUGAUAAUCUACUUCCUACUCAUGUUCACCUCCUUUUGCAUAAGAGUGAAUAUGUCUGUUAGUAUCGUGGCCAUGACUGAUCCUGACGUCAGCAUCAACAACAAUAUACCGACCUACAACUGGACAGACAAGAACGUGGUCCAAUCAGCGUUUUUCUGGGGCUACGUGUUGCCUCAAGUGGGAGCGGGCUGGCUAGCCUCUCGAUAUGGCCCAAAAUGGUUUCUCGUUGCAACCAUGGGCGUGGGUUCCGUAGCGGGGAUCUUCAUUCCGACCGCAGCCGCCUGGUACGGCUCUACAGGUGUCAUGGUAUGCCGUGCUAUCCAGGGACUGAGUCAAGGGUUUGUAUUCCCUUCCGUCCAUGGCUUGCUGGCCAAAUGGGUGCCGAAAAGCGAGAGGAGUCGAUUAGGCACUCUUGUGUAUGCAGCUUCUCCAGCUGGUAGUGUGGUGUCCAUGAUCCUGACCGGUUACAUCGCAGCCAGUUCCUACGGAUGGCCUAUGGGGUUUUACCUCUUCAGCAUUUUCGGACUGAUCUGGUGUCUGCUUUGCGCUCUCUUUGGAUCUAAUUCUCCAGCGGAUCAUGCCUCGAUCUCCAAGGAAGAGCGAUUUUAUAUCGAGAGCAGUUUGGGUCAGGAAGAUCAUGGAAAACAAAUAUCCACACCAUGGAUCAAGAUUAUGACUUCUAUACCAUUCUGGGCCCUUGUUGUAGCACAGUCUGGCUUCGUUUGGGGUUACUGGACUCUUCAAACACAAACACCAAUCUACAUGAGCAGCGUGAUGAAGUUCGACUUGAAGUCGAAUAGUGCCCUGUCAGCUCUUCCUUAUCUCUCACAACUGGCAACCAGCCCAUUGUUCAGUUGCAUUUCAGAUGCGUUAAUCAAUAGGGCUGUCUUCAAUGUAGCAACUAUGAGGAAGAUAAUGACAGUUCUUGGUUUGUUCGUACCCGCAAUUGCCUUGGUUUUGGUCGCAAAUAUCCGCACCGAUCAAUCGGGUUCAGCUGUGGCCUUGCUGGUGGCCGCUGUGGCCUUCAACAGCGCCUGCAUGAGUGGCUUCAUCGUCAAUCACAUGGACCUAUCGCCCAAUCAUGCCGGCAUCCUCAUGGGCAUCUCCAACACGGUUUCGCACUGCUGUGCCAUUUUGGCAUUGCUGUUCGCACAAUUCGUGGUCACGGACGAGGAAAAUAUUGCGCAGUGGAAGAUUAUGUUCUACUUUGCUGCCGGAGUAUAUGUUUCUGUGACGAUAAUUUUCGUUGUUUUUGGUUCAGGAGAAAUGCAGACGUGGAAUGACAAUAAAAAAGAUGACACAGAAACACGACGUCAACUCCAACGGGCCUAACUUCAGUGAAGGCGAUAUAUAAUACUGUCUGUAGGUUAAUCGAGGAGGUGGUACAUUCAUUAUUCCAACUUUUUUUAGAUUUUCUCUCCUCGUUUCUAUAAAAUGAAAAUGUGAAUAUUAUUUCAAUAUACGUGUAGUAAGGACAAAUCAGAUGAUAUGCCCCAAAAUUUCACUGCGUUUAAAGAAUUUGUCUUCCCGAAACGUCCAGAGAUUUCUAUUCCCCAAACUUUUUUCAAUACAAAUUGUCAUCGACAAGCUAGUAAAUUUUUCUUCAAGGCUCUCUGAUAGGAAAAUUCUUUAAACGCAGUGACAUUUUGGAGCGAAUCAUUUAAUUUGUCCUUACUACACGUAUAUUGAAAUGAUAUUCAUAUUUUUAUUUUGUAGAAACGAGGAGAGAGAAUCCCAGAAAAAUUGGAAUAGUGAUAUAAAAUAUUUAGAAUUUAUGGAAAACUGUUGUGGAAAUAAAUCAAUAUUUUUGUA